UCAGUCUGGGUGCUUCAGAUAUAAUAAGGCGAGGCGACUUUGACGUAAGUAAACAAUUAUAUUUCGUGAAUGAAUCUUAUCUAAGGGCACCAAAUCUCCAGGGGAAACAAAUUAACCAUGUGUUUUGUUAAAGAUCAUGGCACUCCGAGCUUGCGGCUUUAUAAUAUUUCGCCGCCUGGCACAACCUCCUUUCCCAAACAACAUCGAGUACCUUCUUCUGCAAACCUCAUACGGAGAACACCACUGGACCCCACCCAAAGGCCAUGUUGACCCUGGAGAAGACGACCUGACCACCGCGUGGAGAGAGACUCAGGAGGAGGCAGGUCUGGGCGAAGAGCAACUCCGUGUCGUCGAUGGAUUUCUACAGAGAUUGCAUUAUCAGGUGCGGGGUAAGGAGAAGGAGGUCCUGUAUUGGCUGGCUGAGCUCCGUGAGCCUGGUAUAAAGGUCAAACUGUCAGACGAGCACCAGGAUUACCGCUGGGCCAAGCUAGACGAGGCGUGCAGACUCGCGAAGUAUACGGAUCUCCAAGACACUCUUAAACACGUACAGCACUUUUUGGAGAAGGCAGAACACAAACAGUGACUCCAAAUUUGUUGCACUCAUGGGAUAUAAUGUGUUCUCAGAAACUGUGUAUAUUAAAUAUGCCAUAGACUUUUUUUAAUUUGCAUUUACAAUUAUUCACACAAAUUAUAAGUCAUUUAUGUGCUAUAACCCAUAAAUCAUAGUGAUACAGUGUGGUAAAGGUCCAUAUGCUAAAGAAAUCGAAUAAAAAUGAUUGAACUUG